CUUCGCAAUGCAGAAAGCCACUUAUUAUGACAAUGCUGGACUUUUCGGAGGAUAUUCGUACCCUAAAUCUGACUCCUACACAUACGGCCCUACACACCAGGGCUUCUCAUCCCCUAGCAUAGAGAAUGACUAUCAAAGUCCAAUUUGUCCGAUUCAAACCACAUCAGUCCGGCCAGCAACCCAUAAAAACGGAGACAUCAAUGGCAGUUGUAUGCGACCAAGUGCCAGCCAGGGCAACAGCCAGCCAGAGAGUAUCAGUGAGCAGCAGCAGGCUGCCCCAUUAGCAGCCAGCUCUCCCAGCCCCAGCACCAACUCCACACAAAAAAAGAAAUCCCCCAGCUCUAAUGGAUCCAGCACUGCCACCCCAGUCAUUUCCAAGCAAAUUUUCCCCUGGAUGAAAGAGACCCGCCAGAAUGCAAAGCAGAAAAGCACCAACUGCCCAGCAGCAGGAGAAACCUGCGAUGACAAGAGUCCGCCUGGCCCUGCGUCGAAACGAGUGCGCACUGCCUACACCAGCGCCCAGCUAGUCGAGCUGGAGAAGGAGUUUCAUUUCAACCGCUACCUGUGUCGCCCGAGACGAGUGGAGAUGGCCAAUCUGCUCAACCUCACCGAGCGCCAAAUAAAGAUCUGGUUUCAAAACAGAAGGAUGAAGUACAAAAAAGAUCAGAAAUCUAAAGGCAUAAUGCACUCUCCCUUAGGACACUCUCCGGACAGAAGCCCGCCGUUAAGUGGCUCGAAUCACAUUGGAUAUUCUGGUCAGCUUCCGAACGUAAACAGCCUAAGCUACGACGCGCCGUCGCCUCCUUCAUUCGCCAAGCCGCAGCAGAAUAUAUACGGCUUGGCGGCAUACACGGCGCCAUUGGGCGGCUGCAUACCGCAGCAGAAAAGGUACCCGGGAACAGAGUACGACCACCACAGCAUGCAGGGGAACGGUAGCUUUGCUAAUGCUAAUUUACAAAGUAGCCCCGUGUACGUCGGGGGAAACUUCGUUGAUUCAAUGCCAGCCUCCGGCCCCAUGUUCAACCUCGGUCAUCUUCCCCAUCCCUCAUCCGCUAGUGUGGACUACAGCUGUGCCGCUCAGAUUCCGGGUAACCACCACCACGGACCGUGUGACCCCCACCCCACAUACACAGACCUCAGCUCUCAUCAUGCGUCUCAGGGAAGGCUGCAGGAUGCGCCCAAACUUACGCAUCUGUAAGGAUCCCAUCUGUGUGCUCAAGCGAAGGGUCGCUUUUUGUAUUACCUCACUAGCUAAACUAAUUUAUAAAAACUACACUCGGAGAGAAACAUAACGUAUUAUCCUGUAUUAUUAUUAUUAUUGAUAUUGCUAUUACUGCUAUGAUUGUAAUUAUUUUUUAAUAAUAAUAGCUGUGGUCCAUUUCUCUUUGACUGUUGAAGACACACACAAGGUUGUUUGUUGCCAGGUUCUCCAAAGAACCGAAUCGGCAAAAAUGAGGGCAAUUUCCAUGACGUGUUAUACUUGAAGGUAAGUUCUGUAGAUUUGACCGUAUAGACAUUCGUCUUUAUAGAGGUGGGUUUUUGUAGAGGAUUAAAAACCAUCGCGUCGUCUGUUACUCACGGGUUUUUCGCCAUACCAUUAUUUAUUUUUCAACCAAGAUUGUAUGACAAGCAUUUAUAUUGACUGAGUAUUAUAUUUAUUAUUUAUCGUUUUAAUUAAUGCACAUUAUUUAUAUUCUCAUGUAUAUUAUUUAUAUAUCAGUUGUAGAAUUUAUUUUGGAGCAGAAGCCGUUGGCAUUUCUUUGAACUGGUGCAAACAAGGUAAUAAUGUGAGACUGGUGUAUUUCCUUCUUCAUUCAAUAAUAAAAUAUUGUGAAGACGAAGAAUUAACUAGAAUCUUGAACUUGUAAUUAUUAUAACUGGGAAUUUGGCAAUGGUUAUCAUGUUGCUUACAACACCAGCACGUAACGACACAUCCUUACGUUCAUUAUAAAUGUUAUUUUGUAAGUUGCACUGUCCAUGCAUAAAAGGAUGAAAUGGUAACGAUAUGGAAAUGUUAUAUUUUAUUGUGUUGAACAUUUUGUAAAUAAAGUGCUUAAGCUAAACACAUGAAAUUGCGAAUUCUA